UGUACAAUUUAACUUUAGGAGUUAAGUUUUUAUAAAUAAGACGCCUGUCUUUAAGUAUCUUACAUUUAUAUUUGUCACUGUAUGACCUAUAGAUUACUCGACUGGAUUUGAUACUGAUUUACUGGUUAUCAACACUUAACAGCUUUGUUUACAGUUUUACGAAGUAACUUAAACAUACAAAGUAUAGGCCUACUAGUGUGAGAAAGGUUGGGUGUUAAACGUUCUAGGAUGCAGUAUACAUUACCAAUUCUUCAGCAGCCUGUUCACAUACGUUGUGACAGUAUAGCAAGAUGGGUUGAUGAGUGUACCAAUAAGGAUUUAGAAAACUUAUUACCGGAUAUCGUAGAAGAUAUUUUUGGAGUCAAAAACAGAGUUGGAUGGGGAUUAAUGAGCAUAGAAUACAGUUUAAACUCAGGAGAGUAUGACUUGCUAUUCAAGUUUCUGCAUCCUAAUGGACCAAUGUUUCGCCUCUGUUACAAACUUUUGUCAGACCCUUAUAUUAAAUACAAAUUCCCACUUGCCUUCCUACCUCAAAAAGUGAAACAGUCCAUUGAAGAAGGCACAGCUUUACCUUUCUAUAUUGACAAACUUGAAAUGGAUCCACGGACCCGCACACCAUUGCAUCUAGCUUUGAAUCCUUUUGAGUUGUACAUGUUCCACUUCAUGUACCAUAUAGUGAACCCUUGCCAGAAGUCAGUGCCCUACCAGGAGACUCGGGUAUACUCCUCACUCUACCUGAGGCUGGCAGAGGAGUAUCUGGCUACGUUCCUACCAUGUGAUGGUUCCACAGUCCUGCCAGAGUUGCCAAACCAUUACAUCUCUCAGAGCCCUCAUCGAUCCAUCCCUCAGAAGCCUGUGCGUACCUCCACGCUGUUCCGUCAAGAGGUGUUAGUAAAGAUGUUGAAGCAAAGUCCUGCAGCUAACACCUUGCAGUCCUCCCCCCAUGUAGGCAUCUGGCGCAGUGAACUCAUUGUUCAACUUUGUCUCGACUUUUGGCUGAGCAUGCCAAACGCCUCCAGUCAGUGGGCUUACGACACCCCCAACCACUACUUGGGACCUUACAAGCCUUUAGCCUCCACA